UUACUCACACAUUUGUUUUUUAAGUACUAAUAGAAAUUUAUAAUUUGAUAUCAACCGAAUACGUGAUUUUAUGUUAAAUAUUUAUUAAUCAAUUAAUUUUGUGCUGAUGUCAUAAUCCUAUAAUCUUGACCCUAAUAUCAUAUCUUAGUAAUAUUUGCAAAUAAAAUUAAUAUAAACAGAACAAAGUGACGAUUCCAGAACUACAAUAUGUCGGAGUGGAAGCAUUUAAUUAAUGAAUGGCUAUCGGAAUAUGCAACACUUCAAGAAAACGAAUUAAAGAGUUUUGCAGCAGAACAUGAACACAACCACGAAAUAGCAACAGCUUUAUUCAAUCUUUUCUACAGUGAAGAUGACAGUGAUACUGAUUCAACAAACCAAACAGAUGAUGCAAAGAUGGAUCAGGUGUUGGAAAAUGUCUGUACACAAUUAUUUAGUUUCUAUAGAUCAAAGGAGGUGGAGCUACAACGAUUUACAUUGCAGUUUGUUCCAACUUUAGUAUACAAAUAUUUGAGUUCUGUUGCACAGACAAAUAAGACAAAUUACCGUUGUAUAGAAACACUUCUUAUUGGUUUGUACAAUUUUGAAGUGGUGGAUGAAACAGGAAAACCAAGAGUUGUCUCAUUUAGACUACCAUCAUUGGCACAACCUUCAAUCUACCAUGAGCCACUAUCAUUGGGAGCUCAGUUCUUGACAGAAAAUGCUUUGAGAAGGUGGGAGGAGUGUAAUACAAAACUUGUUAGCUGGGGCCCAUUAUCACAAGUGGAAGUAAUUAAUGCCCAGAAUCGAUUGAAAGUUAUGACUGCACUAUUUUUCAUUUAUAAUCGUCAAUUAAGUUUAUUACCUAAACUUGCCCUCAGACAUUUUUGUAUAGCAACUUCAAGAAUUGUUACUCAAGGUUUCCAUAGAAAAAUUGGUGGUUCAUCAAAUGCUAAAAAACCAACACCAAGAAUACCCAUGUCUUCAAAUUUUAUGUUAGAAAUGAUAGAAGGUGCAUAUUUUGCUAUGUUCAAUGAAUUCUAUACACUGGCUCUACAAGCUGUUAAGGACAUAGAUCAAAGAGCCCAAUAUGAACUAUAUCCUGACGUAAUGUUAGUCACUAGUGCUGUAAUAAAUUCAUUGAAAAAUGAAUCAGGUCAACCAAGUGAUGGUCCUAUGGGUAUUAGUGUAGCAUUAUCUCCAGCUACUACUACUGUCACAAUGUCCAAAUCUAUGAUUACUAAUGCAUCAUUCCGUACUAAAAAAUUACCAGAUGAUAUUCCAAUACAAGCUGGGCAGGUGGUGCCCACUGAGUCAGCGGACAUGCUUUCAUCCAUCACUGAAGAAGGUGAGACGGACUCUACGCAGAUUCAACGUGGUACUGGAGUCCGUACAUCCAAACCAAAACUGAGUUCCUUUCCUGUACUUGGAAAAAAAACCAAAGAUGCAAAUAAAGAGAAGAGUAAUGUAAGCGAGAAGAAAGUUACUGUAAAGGAUUCGACUAAGGGAAUAUGGAAUUCACUUAGCGGGGGCGGUGGUGGUGAUACGAUAGAUGGCCAACAAAAAACUGGUAGUGUAGAAGGUACUGCUGAUAUUAAUGGCAGUCUAAAAGAAGAUAAAAUGUCUAUUAGCUCUAUACCUAAUAGUACAGAGACUUCUGACUCUCGAUCACAAAUUACUACAGAUUCAUUGGAAUUAGAGACUACCUCACGAUUUACUGCCAUGCAAGUCAGCUCUGUAUAAAUAAUAAUAAUUGGUCUCUCAAGUAGUCAUCAGAUAUUAAAGAUGUCUCAAAUAGGCGUACUGUGUGUAUGCAUAUUUGACCAGUAACAAAAAAUAAGUAAACUACUUGAUGAAGUUCAGUAUUAUCCAUAAUUAUAACUUGUUUAAAAAAAGUCUAGUUAUAAAAAAUAUCUAUAUUAUAUGGGAGCUUUACUGUUACAUGACUUUCUUAAGCAAACUGUAUAGCACAGUUAAAUACUGUAAGUAAAAAAAGACAAUGGUACGCAAUAUAAAUAUAUUUAAUAUGUCUAUUAAAUAAUUAAAUAUAUAUAUA